AUGACAUACAUGGUAUAUUGCGUUAACAAAGCGAUGGGCCAAGACAUGUCUUCGAGUCCGAUUAUCGACCGUCUUAUUUAUCUUCGUGUCUUGAUAGAACGUACGAAGCCGAUAGAGAAGAAGCUUCGGUAUCAAAUUGAUAAGCUUCUUUCACACACGAAGGCGGAUGAGAAACUUGAAGCGAAGCCGAAUAUCGAUGAAUUGGAAGUAGAGAAGAACAUCGACGGGACAUUUAAGCCGACGACGAUUUCUGGGAAGGCAAUGGAGACGGAAGGGGAGACCACAGAAGGUCGGAAAGAGAAGACUACUGAAGACUAUAUGAAUGAAGAUGGGAAUGAAAUGUCGGAAGAACUCUUUGAAACGCCUGACGAAGUUGGAGUAGAUGGUCUUGGUGCGUUUGCGGACAAAACUGCGAUGAGGAAACAUAAAGAAAUCGAAGACAUCGAAGAGGAAGGCUUUAAACGGACGGCGCAGAGUAAAAUGGAUAUGAAGAAGAAGAAAAAUAAACUCAGAAACGAAUUUAAUGAACUCGAGGACUUCGUCGGCUCUUUGAAAAACAACUUGAUGAAGGAAUAUAAGGAAUUGCAAAAGAUCGGUAUACCCGAUUUUAGAAAGAAAGAAGAUCUCGACGAAACACUCGAUUACAUUAAAAGAAAACAAGAAGAAGAAGACAGUGAGGAUCAGCCACUUGGUAAUCCAGAAGAUGACGAUGAAGAAAUUGAUAGUGAUGAUAUCUAA